AUGGCCAGAUCAGACCCUGCAUUACAAAACUUUCUGCAACCAUUAAAUAUCGAGCUCGAUAGGCUCUAUCGCUUGUCAUACCGUCUGUCUGUCACGUAUCGUGCAUUGGCAGCGGACUCCUCAGAGCAGUUCUUCCCCACUGCCACUACACGUUUGCCUACUGGGCACGAAAAGGGACGCUAUUUGGCCGUGUAUCUCGGUUUAUUCUAUCUUCGAGUGGCCUUCAUCGACCUGCUGGGCGAGGAGCAAGUAGAGAAACACUCCCAUGUUCGGCGCACGCUAGAGAAAGCAUGGCCGAUCGAGAAUCGCCUGCGCCAAGACCAGGCUGACUCUUUAUUUUCCUGGAUUGGGGACUGUAUUGCAGAGGUUAUACAUGAUGACUUGGCCAAUUCCAAAGAAGAUACGCCCUCCGAAAUCACAAUGGGCAUUUCGUUCUGUUUCCCAAUCAAGCAAAAGCUUCUCAAUGAGGCCAUUCUCAUGCCUACAGGCAAAGGGUUUACGCUGAAAUCCUCUCUGAAUCUCCGACAAGCACUUCUUGAUGGUUACGAGUGCCAUACCAGGCGCUCUGAUGAGGAUCCCGCCGAGAUGCCCGCAAAACGACAGAAGAAAUACUGUCUCCCCAAACUCAAAAUCACCGUAAUGACUAAUGAUACGAUUGCCACUUUUGCUUCGCUAGCAUAUUCGGUCCGCGCUCUUCCCAAUACCCGGGUUGUCAUGGGCCUUAUCGUAGGCGCAGGCUGUAAUUCAGCUGUGCCUAUGAAAUUCACCGAUCUUCAAGAAGCAAAAAUUCAAUACAUUCGCGAAAAAGAUCCCGAUGCUGAAGAAACGAUUGUUUCCACUGAAUGGACACUUCGAGGCGCAAGCGGACCACUGGAAGAGUUCAAGAUCGUGAAUCAAUGGGAUGCCGAGCUCGAGGCGCACUCCAACCGCCCGGGAUUCCAACCCCUGGAAUAUAUGGUGGGCGGUCGGUAUAUCGGCGAGUUAGUGCGCAUCAUAUGCUAUGACUGGUUCCACAAAAUGAGGGCAGUUCCUCGAUCUUCAUUACCUGUGAAGCUAGUUGAAGGGUAUACCCUGACUACAGAGUUCCUAUCGCUGGUGGUUGCAUCGAGCUAUUCCGAUGAACAGCUCGCAAAAGAACUGUCACAGCAACUUCCUGCCCCAGAAUCAAGCGACUGGCAAUGGACGCCUGAGUAUGCAGGACAUAUUCGCUCCAUUGCAGCCGCAGUACAAGAUCGAUCGGCGGCAUUGAUUGCGGCCGCCACAGUUGGACUUCUUGCUUGCACACGCGAGAUUCGGCUGCAAGAUAUGGAGUCUCCAGAUUCCCCAACACCAAGCACGGAUCAAUUGCAGGUUGCCAAUCAAGAAAAUCUGGUUCCUGAAUUUGGGUCCUCGAAAUCGGGUUGGCAGAACGGGCCCGAGGAGUUGGUCGUAGCGGUGUCUGGUGGUGUUAUACAGCACUAUCCGCACUAUAAGCAGACCAUUCAGCGGUACAUUGAUCGACUUAUUAUCAGUGCUGGGCCACAAAGCGAGGGCAAGAGCAUUUUCCUUCGCGAGGCCAGCGAUGGUGGUAUUAUAGGUGUGGGUGUCCUUGCUGGUACCAUUGCAGGGGAGAUUGAGGGCAUAAUUGGCUCUACAUUGGAAGAACAGCAUAAAUUCGAAGAAAACUUACGAGAAAGCUGUAAGGAUAUCACAAAUGUCUCCCGAGACUAG